CCUUUGUUCUGGUCCUCAGUACAGUACUAAUCAAAUAUUCUGAUCUGUUCUCCCACGAUAAAACCAAAAUAUGGAGAGCAAGGCGGCCAGUGUGUGUGUGGCUGCUGCUGCUGUUGCUGCAGGAUUCUACAUCUAUUUUGGACCAACGAAYCCCGAAAGAAAACGAAAUAAGAAAGGUCUGUGUGCUGGAAUGCAUAAUCUUGGAAAUACAUGCUUCAUGAACUCUGUUUUUCAGGGUUUGGCAUCAUUAUCAUCCUUUGUAUCAUGGCUUGAGAGCUACAGCUGGAACUGUACUGAAGAUGAGAAAGUCAAACUUGGGCAAGUGAUGGGAGAGCUUAUGAAAGAGCUCAACACAGAGUGGUAUGAGGAUGACACAGGCUUGACAGCCACUCCUGUUAUACAAGCAUUACGUCGUCAUGGAUGGGUAAUAGAACCAGAUCAGCAGGAUGCCCAUGAAUUUUUCCAAGUUCUUUUUUCAUCGUUAGAUGAUGAAAUCGGAGAGCUUCCAGCAGUCCUGGAUCUACGAAGUGUUUCAUCUUUUGAGAAAGAAAAAGAUAGUACCAAUGGUUCUGCAGCCCACAGAAAUCRUAGUAUGUAUUUAUUAGCAUAUAUCAUGGAUAUAAUGUUUUUAAAUCCAUUUUUAUUUGUUUUAAUCUUUUUUUYCGUUCCUCUUGUAGGGCAUUGUCCUAGACGUCGUAGUCCUUUUCGAGGUCUUUUAGCAAGUCAGCUUGUUUGCAAAACAUGUGYUACAAAGUGUCCUGUCAAAUUUGAUGGAUGUGACAGUCUGUCACUCAGUCUACCUUCAGUACCACAGAUUAAUUUUACCCUGGAAGAUCUGCUUCGACAGUUUGUGUGUUCAGAGACGGUGGAUUCCGUAAAGUGUAAAGGAUGCUCACAAGAUGCAAGCGAUUCUAAACAUCAGGACACAAAAUCAAUGUUUGUAAAGCGCCUCACGCUUGGCAAAGUCCCCCAGUGUCUUUGUAUUCACAUACAGCGAACAUACUGGCACUCUGACGGCAUUCCCUACAAAAACCAUGCCCAAGUUAAAUACCCUGAGUUCCUAAAUCUGGCGCCUUUUAUGUACAUGCCCGGUACCCAAAGCCCGCGAAGAUUAAGGUUGUCAAGCUUCUCAUAUUCUGGAGCUAGUACACCAGAAGGAUGCAGAACUCCAACGAACGACCUGAAAGCAGAUCUGAGUAGCUUGAUGAGUAGUAGUAUUUUGUCGUCGUUCUCUUUCAGCAGGCAGAACUCUGAGACAAGGACACGUACAGUUUAUAGAUUGACAGCUGUCACCAYCCAUCUUGGUGACGUCAGUGAUGGUCAUUACGUCACCUAUCGUAGAUUUGAACCUCCUAACAGCUCAAAGCCUGGGGUUUGGCUGUACACCUCUGACUCCUUCGUUGAUACUAUAACUUUAGAAGAAGUCUUAGCGCGUAACCCGUACAUGUUAUACUACGAACGAUGUCCCGCGGGAUUUGAUUUUGAACCCAUGGUGGAAAGCAUUGCUGAAGAAUCAUUCAAGAAUAUUGUACUUUGAUAUAUAUAUUAUACAUAUAUAGGCACAUUUAAUUUGACUUUCCCGGCAACUGAGUCAAGUGACAAAAUCAUGGGAAUCCUAGUGGUUUUACUUUCUUUGGAAAUGAGAAUUUCUAAGGAACAUUUAUGAUGGCAAUGAAAGACAUCAGAAUAAAUAUUGGAAAGAAUAUCCAACUCCUUUUCGCGUAGGGAAAAAUAGUCCUCAGUAAUACUAAUAACCAAAUUUAUGGUUUUAAUAUUCAAGAGGUAUGGCUUGUAUUGACAAAUAGAUACAGGAAAGUGGCGUGAACUUCGCAAAUUUGUUCCUUUUAUUACUUUACUUCCAGUUAGAGUGGAAGUUCAAAAACCGCUUCAACUGGUCAUUUCACUUAUGUCUUGCAUUGCUCUACACCAACCAUGCUAGGGUCCCAUUCAAAAGAGCAACAGCAAAUGUCUGGCUGUCGGUUAAGGGCAAAAUGGUUUACGUCAUGUCGAACCCUCCUGAUACUCKUGACUAAUGAGAAGCCUGGGCCGGGUUGUUCAAAGCUGGAUUAGCGCUAAUCCAGGAUUAACUCUAUAGGUAAAUAUUAAGAGUUAACCCAGGAUUAGCACUAAUCGGGCUUUGAACAACUGGGCCCUGGGACCUGUUUAAUAAUGUCCCUGAUCGAUCAUGCCCCAAGCAUUCGUGACCCUAGAUAAUCAAGGGCCUAAAUAUUACAGGUGCUUGUUCGUUGCUAGGGAUAAAGUACGCCAGUUUUAUAUAAAGUCAUCGCUAAUAUUAUAUUGUCGGGAUAAUUUUUUAUUAAGUUGGAUUUUAUUCAGCUAUUGUAAAUAUUAUUAAGUAAUCCAGUGCUUGAUCCUUAUGUGAUUAAGAAAUUAAUUACUCUGCUAGCGGAGGUUCCAUGAUACAAGAGACCAUGAUCUCUUGCUUGAUGUUAAAGUUACAACCAAUGAAUCUUGAA